AUGGGGCGGCCAGAGGACUACGGCCCGACGAUCAACGCCGUGGUUUGGUCCCAGGUUGGACUCUCGUUGUUCUUCCUCUGUUUGAGGGUGUACUGCAAGUUCAAGAAGCAUCGAGGACUCUGGUGGGAUGAUCAUGUGCUCAUAGCAGCUUGGGUGGCCCUAUUCAUCGCCUCCGUACUCACUUCGGUCAAUGUGUCACUCGGUUUCGGCAAGCAUGUCUUUCAGAUCAACCCCGUCAACUUCCCCGCGAUUGGUCUCAACGGACAAGUCGUCAGCACGAUAUCGAUCUCUGCCGCAGUAUGGAGCAAGACCUCGUUCGCGAUGACGCUUCUUCGGAUCGAGGGCAAGGGUUGGACGCGGUAUCUGAUUUGGGUCGCCAUCAUCUCGAUGAACUUGCUCAUGGGGCUGAAUGCCAUGGCUGGCUGGGUUCAGUGUGCUCCGAUCGAGAAGAACUGGCACCCUACUCUUCCUGGAACAUGCUGGGAUCCGAAGGUCGCUGCCUACUAUGGUGUCUUCGCUGCUGGAUACUCCGCUCUGAUGGAUAUUCUCCUCGCGUUGCUGCCGUGGAAGUUGAUCUGGGGUCUCCAAAUGAAGUUGAAUGAGAAGAUCGGCGUAGGCAUCGCGAUGAGCAUGGGUCUCUUUGCCGGUGCAACCGCAAUCGUCAAGUGCACGACCAUCCCCACUUUGCUUUCCGGCGACUUCACUUACGAUGGAAGCGAUCUCGUGAUCUGGGGAACCUGCGAGGCGAGUGUGACUAUCGUGGCUGCGUCCAUCCCAGUCCUCCGUGUCCUCGUCCGCGAUGUCGCCAGCACCGCUCGGAAAUACUACGGUGGCUCUUCCGGCACCAGGACGCAGAAGUCUCGAGGCCUUGGGCCCACCAGGACCAACACGGUAACGGUGACGACGUCUACACGGAAGGGUUCCGUCAAGCGAAAGGACAAGCUGGCGGACGACCGGAGCGAUAGGAGCAUUCUCGGGGAGGAGGAAGAGCUGGAGUUUGGCAAGAUCGUCAGGACGAACGAAGUGGUUGUGCAAUAUGAUACGAGAAGCGACUACGAGGGGCAUAAUGGCAGUUAUGAGAUGGAUCAAAUGGACCGUAUGAACCGUAUGGUGUAA